AUGGAACAACCAACGAAACGCACACAGAUGCACUCUUUCCAGCCUCAGCAUGAGAACCCUGACAUCGCUUCUUUGGCUACCAUUGGCAUGAGAAUAAGAAAAUCCGUUGCUGACGGCUACUCUGUUUCUCACGAUGCCUCUUAUAACCACGGCUUGCCACAGACGCCCCAGUCUCAGCGUUCUUUCAACAGAGUGCCUCUUCCUUCCAAUAUGGAUAUGCCUCCUGCCUUGACCAACCAGGGCUCUACAUUCCAGUCAGGCUCCAAUGUCUCCGAAUGGGGAAUGCCAUCCAUGCCAGUUCAGACGAUGCCAUUGCAGGGCAAUGGUUCGAAGAGAGGAUUCGAGGAGGACGAGCCUCGCCAGUUUGGCAUGGACAAGCCAUCUUUGGAAGCGUACAACAACGCUUACGGGCAAUUGAGAUUUGACGAGGAAUUUUAG